AUGAAGUCUCGCAUAGCUUUCUACUUUUCUAGUCUUGUAACAAUUCUGAUUACCACCACCAUGAUCUUUGUUUCCCAUGGCAGUAAUGAAAGUGAUUAUGAGGCGUUGUUGCAGUUCAAGUCGAUGAUCACGAAUGAUCCACUAAGCUCAUGGAACACUUCCUUUCAUUUCUGUGAUUGGAGUGGUGUUUCAUGUGGGAAGCGUCAUAGAAGAGUGACUUCUCUAAGUCUGAAUUCGCAAGGCCUUCAAGGCUCAUUGUCUCCUCAUGUAGGGAACCUGAGUUUCCUUGGACAGCUUGAUCUCAUGAACAACAGCUUUCAAGGAACGAUCCCUAACGAACUCAGUCGUCUAUCCAGAUUAAAUUUCCUCUAUCUUGGCAUUAACAAAUUCGAUGGCGUCAUUCCAACCAACUUGUCUCAUUGUUCUAACAUUGAAAGGCUUAGUCUUGCUUCCAACAAGCUAGUCGGAAGCAUUCCCAAAGAGUUGGGUUUUCUCUCCAAACUUACUGCUAUUAGUGUUCAGGAUAAUAACUUAACAGGUGGACUCUCGCCUUUCUUGGGGAAUAUAACAUCGAUACAAGUUUUCUCUGCAAGAAACAAUCCGUUGGGUGGGAGCAUUCCAGAAACCCUAGGCCAUUGGAAAAGCUUAACAGAAUUUUACUGUGGUGGUUGUAACUUAUAUGGAAACAUCCCUCGUUCCAUUUUUAACAUCUCGCUCCUAACUCGUUUUUCCUUGGCUAGGAAUCAGCUUACUGGUGAUCUUCCCUCAGCCAUAGGUGAAAUGCUCCCUCAUCUUGAGCUCCUUCAGUUGUCAAGGAACCUGCUGACUGGACCUCUUUCACCCUCGAUAUCUAAUAUGUCCAACUUGACAUUUCUUGAAGUGAAUAACAACAAUUUUAGCGGGAAGCUGACAAUCGACUUUGGAAAACUAAAAAAUAUCUAUUUUCUCUCCUUAGCUUUUAACAGCUUUAGAUCUCGAGAAGCCGAUUCUAUCAAGUUUCUUGAUACUUUGGGAAAUUGCACUAGAUUAGAGCUGUUACGUCUUGAUAAUUGCAAGUUUCAAGGAGUGCUGCUGCCAACAACAAUUGGUAAUCUUUCUGAUCAACUCGGUCUUUUGAAUUUAGAAGGCAAUUAUUUAUAUGGAAACCUCCCUUCAAGUAUAGGCAAUCUAGUUGGCUUAGAGACUUUAGUAUUAGCACGUAAUGGAUUCACAGAUAAAAUCCCUUCCACCUUCGGUAAGCUUCAAAAGCUACAGAUUGUUGAUCUAUCUAGAAACCAAUUUUCGGGGCCAAUUCCGGAUGCUAUCGGGAACUUAUCAUUGUUGAUAACACUUGAUAUAAGUUUCAACAGAUUGGAAUCGCAUAUUCCAUCAAGCAUGGGAAAUUGUCAUCAGUUAUCGGAGUUGUAUCUUAAUGAUAAUAAACUCAGUGGCAAAAUACCUAUACAACUUGUUCAACUUUCAUCUCUAAGCAUAGCAUUAAUUCUUUCUCGAAACAAUUUGUCUGGGUCACUUCCAAUACAGGUUGGGAAACUCACGAUGUUGACUUCUCUGGAUUUAUCUGAUAAUAAUUUAUCAGGCGACAUUCCUAGUAGCCUUGGUAGUUGCACUAGCCUUGUAUUCUUCUCCUUAAAGGGAAACCUAUUUCAUGGCAUGAUACCAUCGUCAUUAAGUUCCAUGAGAGGAGCUUCAAAACUCGAUCUUUCUCAUAAUAAUUUAUCGGGUCAAAUUCCUCGAUUCUUGGAAGGGUUUAUCUUAUUAGAAUAUGUAAACCUGUCGUUUAAUGAUCUUGAGGGUGAAGUACCAGUGAUAGGAGUGUUUGCCAAUGCAAGUGCAUUCUCCAUUUCGGGGAAUACUAAGCUUUGUGGUGGUUUGGCUGAACUAGGGUUGCCCAAAUGCAAGAAGAUGAAUAGAAAUCAUAAAAAAAGGUUUCCUUUGUUCAUAAUAAUACUCAUUCCGAUUGCAUCCACUCUUUCCAUCGUUUUAUGUUUUGUGUAUGUUUGGUGUAAGAAAAAGAAGGACCAACCGAGUCAAUCAUCGCCGGAACCACAAUCCAAUAUGCAAGUAUUGUCGUACAGUCAACUUCUCAAGGCUACCAAUGGCUUUUCUAAAGAUAAUUUAAUCGGCGAGGGUGGCUUCAGCUCUGUUUACAAAGGAACCACCGAUCAUGAUGAUAAAUUUGUUGCAGUCAAAGUUCUACGUCUUCAAACUCGAGGAGCUCACAAAAGCUUUAUAGCAGAGUGUGAAGCAUGGCGGAAUAUUCGACACCGAAAUCUACUGAAGAUACUAAAUAUAUGUUCAAGCGUUGACUUUCAAGGCAAUGAAUUCAAAGCUCUAGUGUAUGAGUUCAUGCCCAAUGGGAGUUUACAUGAUUGGUUGCAUUCAAGCUCAACUAAAUCCAGACUCAACCUUCUUCAACGAAUAAAUAUCCUCAUUGAUGUGGCAUCUGCACUUGAUUAUCUUCACAAUCACUGCCUACCAACCAUCGUUCAUUGUGAUCUAAAGCCAAGCAACAUUCUACUUGAUCAUGAAAUGGUGGCUCAUGUUGGAGACUUUGGUUUAGCUAAAUUUCUUGGAACAAAUUCAAACCAAAAUAGCACAAGUGGCAUUAGAGGAACAAUUGGGUAUGCACCUCCAGAGUAUGGUAUCGGUAAUGAGAUGACAAGUAGUGGGGAUGUCUAUAGUUUUGGAAUACUAUUGUUGGAGACGAUGACAGGGAAAAGGCCGACAGACAACACCUUUAAUGAAGGUCUUAACAUUCAUAAGUUUGCUUACAUGGCGUUGCCAGAUCAUGUAACCGAUGUUAUUGAUCAUGAUCUUCUGAAUUUUCUUCAAGAGGAUGUUAUUGAUACGAAAUGUAUCUUAAAAAAUGCAAAGAAUAUAGAGGAAUGUUUGUCUUCAACUAUCAAGAUUGGAGUAUCAUGCUCCAUGGACUCUCCAUCACAUCGGAUGAAAAUCGAAAAUGUUGUCAAUGAGUUGCGACGUAUUUUGGAUAUGCUUCUGAAUAUGUGAGGUGUCAUGUAGUUGGUCAAUAUUGUGGGUAUUAAUUGUUAAAUAUGUAUGUAUUUGAGUAUUUGGUGAAUCUUCUUGAUGGUAUGAACAAUGAAAUAAAUGG